GUGGAGCAGAGUGAAGGUUUGUUUGUUUAAAGCCAAAACAGGGAGGAAAAAAAAAAAAGUGAAGAGGAAAAUCGAAAAUCAAGCCCCAAUCUUCGCUUUAACCAGCGAUUAGUGUUUUUAAUCUUCUUUUUAACUUUAAUUAAUUAAUUAGUCCUUCAAGUUUAUUAAUAUUCUCUUUGGCUGAAAAAUAGUAAUACACCCAGUAAGAAACUUCGCAAAGCAAACCAUUGUUUAUUGGUGUUUUUGGGAGCAAAAUCUAACAAUUUCUUUCUUUAUUGUUAAGGGACUUUUCGCUGAUUGGUAGUUAGCUAGGGUUUUGAUUCAUUUAUUUUCGAAGUUUCGUGAAGAUGAUGAGGAUUUGAAGUUGCAGCAAUGGCGGCGGAGGGGAAAUGAGCGAGAAUCGUUCGUAAUGUUGUUGGCAAGGAGGCAAAGCAGCCGCUUUGUGCGAUUCCUCUUCUCUCUCUCUCCUCGGCGUUUUGCGGAGGACAUGGCUGCAACUUCUGCGGCUUCUGUAAUCUCCAGAGGAUUUCACGUUGAAUCUCCUUCUUCCUCUUCUUCUUCGUCUUCGUCUGUUCGGUUUUGUGCUUUCGCCGUCAGAGGUUGCUUCGAGUCCGAUCCUCACAAUCGCCAUCCUCGUCUCAGCUCGCUCCACACUAACGGUAAAGCCAGUAAUGGAGGUCGGCGGAGCAGUGGGUUUGAUCAUCACAAGGCUCAGUUCGUUCGUGAUUUGGAAUUGGAGGGGAUUUCUCCUUUGCAGGACGUCCGUACUGCCGAUGCUCGUAGUUUGGCGCCAAAUGGAUGCGACAUGGCGUUUCAACGCGGAAACGUGAUAGGAUUCCCUAACCAUUCUUUGCCCCGGGAUAAGAUUGCCGUCGCCGUCGACGUUGACGAGGUUUUGGGGAACUUUGUCUCGGCCCUGAACAGGUUUAUUGCGGAUCGUUAUUCUUUGAAUCAUUCUGUUUCAGAGUACCAUGUCUACGAGUUUUUCAAGAUAUGGAAUUGUUCCCGCGAUGAAGCUGAUAUCCGUGUUCAUGAGUUCUUCAAGACCUCAUAUUUCAAGACCGGGAUCCACCCUAUCCCAGGUGCUCAGAAGGCGCUUCAUAAGUUAUCAAGAUUUUGUAACCUUUCUGUUGUGACGUCUAGGCAGAACGCAAUCAAGGAUCACACAAUUGAGUGGAUUGAGAAACACUAUCCGGGAUUGUUUCAGGAGAUUCACUUUGGCAACCACUUUGCUCUCGAUGGUGUCUCAAGGCCUAAGUCAGAUAUAUGUAGGUCAUUAGGAGCAAAAGUUUUGAUUGAUGAUAACCCAAGAUAUGCCAUCGAAUGUGCUGAUGCUGGAAUUCGGGUUCUACUUUUCGAUUAUGAGAACUCCUAUCCUUGGUGCAAGACCGAUUCCAUCAAUGAAAACCCCCUAGUGACUAAAGUCCAUAACUGGGAAGAAGUGGAGCAACAGUUAAACACAUUGGUUUUUCAUUAGUUAUUCAGUCAUAUAUAACUUUGCGAGAAUUCAGAAGAGACCUAGAAGAUUUAUCGGCUGAUUUUUAUUUUAUGCCUAGAAGCAUCAAAUGGAUGCUGAAGAAAGUUGGCUUAUACCGGUCUUUUGCCGAAGCAGCUAGAAGAGAGAUCCAGAAGGGUCUUGGUAAAAGCUGGGUUAAGGCAAAUUAUAAGGAGUCAUACACUUGCUUAUUCCUCCUCUCCAUUUUGAGGCAUGGAAAAAAAAUAAAAAUAAAUUGGGGUUUCUGAUUUGGGAUUGUGACAGACUAGUCAUGUUACUUUGUUAGUUUCAUUUGUAGGUUGCUUCUUUUAUUUUCUUAACGCAUCUAUGAUUUAUUUUGGUCAGACUGAUUCAGCAGAAAAUUUGGCCAUGUUGAAGCUUGUUUGUUUCUCUUUCUUUUUGAGGAAGAUAUAUAGUAGGAGAAAUGUAAAUAAAUAACCGAAUGCUAAUUGCUGCAAUACUCCCAAUUGAGAAAAGAAAAAUACGCAGUAGUUUUA